AUGCAACAGGCAGCCGCCUACGCCCCCAUCCAAGACCAGUGCUGUUCACCCUCUGCGGCCUCACCGCACAGCGGCACCAGUGGUCACAGUCCCGGUGGACACCAUGGUGGCCAUGGUCCAUCGCCUGUGCUCGCCUCACUGAACACAGUGGUGGCGCCUGGUGCACCGCAUCAAUCUUUGCCACCGCCGCAGCAGCAGCCGUCGCACCACUCGCCUCGGACGAUGCACACACUGCAGAAUAGUAGCAAGAAUGGGCAGCCCUCCGAAGUUGGCGGCAUUGUCCUUUCCCCUUCCCCAACCAACUCUGAUCAGCUUCAACAUCAGCAGCAGCAGCAUCAUCAUCAUCAUCAGCAACACCAUCAUCAGCCAUCAGCACCGCCGCAGCAGCAGCAGCCACAGUCGCAGGCAGCCACCACGGCGGCUCAGCGCAUCCGUCGGCCGAUGAAUGCAUUCAUGGUCUGGGCGAAACACGAGCGAAAGCGACUGGCCGACGAGAAUCCUGACCUGCACAA